CGGCAGCAGGCGAACCAGAAGCGGAUCACUACACCCUACAUGACCAAAUACGAGCGAGCCAGAGUCCUGGGCACUCGUGCCCUCCAAAUAGCGAUGUGUGCCCCUGUGAUGGUGGAGUUGGAAGGAGAGACAGACCCCUUGCUGAUUGCCAUGAAAGAACUCAAAGCACGCAAGAUCCCCAUAAUCAUCCGUCGUUACCUGCCAGAUGGGAGCUAUGAAGACUGGGGCGUGGAUGAGUUAAUUAUCACAGACUGA